AUGCACAGCAGCAACUUGGAAGGACCUGCUUUCCAUUUUGUAUUUUUUUUUCUCUUUUUAACCUGUGCUGCCUCAGGUGCCCAGCCAGGGGUGAGCCCAGCUGCUGUGCUGGCCAUGAACACCACACGCUCUGCAUUCUCCUUGCAGCCCCUGCUGCUGAACGCCAGCGAGGACCUCAACGACUCCGUCCCCACCAACCGCAGCGGCGACGGGUUCUGCGAGCAGGUCUUCAUCAAAGCCGAGGUCUUCCUCACUCUGGGCAUCAUCAGCCUGCUGGAGAACAUCCUGGUCAUCCUGGCAGUGCUGAAGAACGGCAACCUGCACUCCCCCAUGUAUUUCUUCCUCUGUAGCCUGGCCGUGGCAGACAUGCUGGUGAGCAUGUCCAACGCCCUGGAGACCGUGAUGAUCGCCAUCCUCAGCAACGGCUACCUGAUCAUCGACGACCACUUCAUCCAGCACAUGGACAAUGUCUUUGACUCCAUGAUUUGUAUUUCUCUGGUAGCCUCCAUUUGCAACCUCUUGGUCAUAGCCAUCGACAGGUACAUCACUAUUUUCUAUGCCCUCCGUUACCACAGCAUCAUGACGGUGAAGAAAGCCCUGACCCUCAUUGUGCUCAUUUGGGUGGCGUGCAUCAUCUGUGGCAUCAUUUUCAUUGCCUACUCGGAGAGCAAAACUGUCAUUGUGUGUCUCAUCACCAUGUUCUUCACCAUGCUGCUGCUGAUGGCCUCGCUGUACGUGCACAUGUUCCUGUUUGCCCGCCUGCACGUCAAGCGCAUCGCGGCGCUGCCCGUCGAGGGCGUGCCCCCCCAGCGCACCUGCAUGAAGGGCGCCGUCACCAUCACCAUCCUCCUGGGGGUCUUCAUCGUCUGCUGGGCGCCCUUCUUCCUCCACCUCAUCCUCAUCAUCUCCUGCCCCAUGAACCCCUACUGCAUCUGCUACACGGCGCACUUCAACACCUACCUGGUGCUGAUCAUGUGCAACUCCGUCAUUGACCCGCUCAUUUACGCCUUCAGGAGCCUGGAGAUGAGGAAGACUUUCAAAGAAAUCGUGUGUUGCUGCUAUGGCAUGAGUGUGGGACAGUGCAUGCUGUAA